AUGGCGGUGGUGAUAUUCGGACCUAACCAGAGACUGGCCUUUUACAAGCCUGGCAAUAUGAGAUGGGUAGAGUUUCCAACCAGAGAUAAGAGGUUUGAGGACGUAAUAUUUUUCCAAGAAAAGAUAUAUGCCAUCAACGAAGAGGGGCAGCUAUAUGAAUUUGAUACAAAGACAAGAGCAGGGCUUAAGGGAGGAAUACAUGAAACCAGACCUCCAUCUGAAAUUCCCAUAGGCCCUCAAAAGCUUAAAUAUCUUAUUGGGUGCGCCAAUGGAAGCUUAUUGAUGUUGGUAAGACAUGUUCGUCAUCCCUCGAGAAAAAUACGCAGGGAAUUUGAAACUUACAAAUUCGAUAUCUAUGAGUUAAAAAGAAAUAGAAAAGAAUGGUCAACAUUAGAUAAUUUAGAUAACUACAUACUAUCGAUUGGAUUUAAUUCUUCUGUUCAAAUUCCUGUGCCUUUUCUAAGCAAAGGAAAUCAGAUUUGGUUUACAGAUAACCAAAUAGAGCUGCAAUCAUCAUUUUACGAUCCUGUUCCUCAAGAUAUCGGCAUCUUCGACUUGGACCAUGGAAGUUUCCAGAGAGUAUUGUUAGAAGUGAAGUUCUUUUGUCCUCCUGUUUGGUUGUUACCCUAA